ACACGACUCCUCUUCCCAGGGCUCCUGGGACGUAUCUAGAGACCCAGACUCCUGUCGCACCGCUCUGCGGCCAGGCUGCCUUAUGUGCACCUUGCAGCUGCACCUGCUGCUGCUGGUGGUCCUGAUGCUUUCUGACGCCGCCCGGCCGCAGCCCUCCUCCACAGCCCGUGCUCUGCCCACCUCCUGGGGCCUGGAGCCAGUGACGCCCGAAGUGCCAACCUCCGCUCCUCCGGACUCGUCUGAGAGUCCGACUCCCUGGACUCCAUCGAUGCCCGAGAACGCGACCACCGACCCCUUUCCAGCUUUACCGAUCUGUGUCUGUGACUUGACUCCUGGUACCUGCGAUUUAAACUGCUGCUGUGACAAGGACUGCAAUCUUCUCCAUCCCAGAACUGUCUUUUCUUUCUGUCUUCCUGGUAGUGUAAGAUCUUCAAGUUGGGUAUGUGUGGACAACUCUCUUAUGUUCAGGAGCAACUCCCCGUUCCCUUCCAGAGUUUUCACGGACUCCAGUGGAAUGACACAGUUUUGUGUCCGUGUGAACAACUCAAAAUCAAACUAUUUCCAGAAGCUCCAAACAGUCAAUGCAACCAACUUCCAGGCCCUGGCUGCAGAGUUUGGAGGCCAGUCCUUCCCUUCGACACCGGAAACAGAAACGCAGCCGCCAGAACUAUUCUAUAGGGCUGGGGAUCCCAUCCUGAUCUACUACCCGAGCUGGUCUGUAGUGAGCUUCCUGAGGCAGCCUGCAGCGGUGGGAGCUGGGGGACUUUGUGCCGAGAGCAACCCUGCAGGUUUCCUAGAGAGUAAAACCACAACGUGUCCUCGUUUCUUCAGGGACCUGGCCAGUAGCUGCAACUCGGAGCCAGCCCUGGAUGCUGCCUCUUACUAUAACUUCAGAGUCUUGAAGGUUCCAAGAGGUGUGACUGAACUUCAGAAUAUGAAGUUCCAGGUUCCUGUGACACUUGCCUCACAAACCAGCCCUCCUCUGUUGGCUGGAAACACAUGUCAGAAUAUCGUUUCCCAGGUUGUUUACGAGAUAGAGACCAAUGGGACCUUUGGGAUCCAGAAAGUUUCUGUCAGCUUCAGACAGACCAACCUGACGGUCAAGCCAGGGGUCUCCUUACAACAGGACUUCAUCAUUCACUUCAGGGCAUUUCAACAGAGAAAGGCCGCUGCUCCUGCUGCUCCAAGAAGUGGGAACCCUGGCUACCUCACUGGGAAGCCACUCUUGGUGCUGACUGGUGACUUAGGUCACUCGAUGACCCUGUUGCAGAGCGAGGGUAAUGGGCUUUGCUCUGCUAAGAGACACGAAGUACAGUUUGGAGUGAACGCAGUAUCUGGGUGCCAGUUAAGACCCAGAGAGGUGAACUGCAGCCUCUUGCAGAAGGAGAUUUACCAGACUCUGCAUGGAAGGCCCAGACCGGAGCACGUUGCCAUCUUUGGUAAUGCUGACCCAGCCCAGAGAGGAGGGUGGACCAGGAUCCUCGGCAGAGACUGCAGCGUUUCAGCAGUUAACUGCACUUCCUGCUGUCUGAUACCAGUGUCCCUGGAGAUCCAGGUGUUGUGGGCACAUAUAGGACUUCAGUCCAACCCACAAGCUCAUGUGGCAGGAGCCCGAUUCCUGUACCAAUGCAAGUCUGUACAGGAGCACCAGAGAGGAAUAGAAGUAUCGUUGACGACGCUUGUGAACUUUGUGGACAUUACUCAGAAGCCAGAGCCACCUAGGGAUCAACCCAGAAUAGACUGGAAGCUGCCUUUCGAUUUCUUCUUUCCCUUCAAAGCGGCGUUCAGCAGAGGGGCCAGUGUUCAGAAAGACUCAGCCUCUCUUGUUCUCAUCCUGUGUGUCUUACUACUUGGACUUCUCAACUCACAGACCAAGUGAAGAAAGAAAAGAAUCAGGUUUCAUUUUUCCCUAUGGGAAACUAAAGACAGCCUGCUUAUCUUGGCUAAAUAGGUCCUUGACCACUCAUGAUUACGGGAGGGAAUUUAGGGAAACAGGACCUAACCAAAAGGAAUUUUUUUCUUUCCAUUUUCUCACUAUGUAGCCUUGGUUGGCCUAGAACUCCCAAUGUAGACCAGGCCGGUCUCAGGCGCACAGAGAUUUCCCCUUGCCUCUGCCUCCAGAGUGCUAGGAUUAAAAGCACGUGCCAUCACACUCAGCCAGGAGUCUUUAUGAAUUGAAGAUGGUAUGCUAGAAAAGUGACUACAAGUAUUCCACCUUCAUAGCUCUCCUCUUGGGGGGUUCCUCGGACCCCCAGGUACACACUGGGUUCUCUGCGUCUAAAGCUGGGCAGGCCAAGAGCCCCCCCCCCCAAUCUCUUCAAGUUGCGUUUUGCCUCUCUGAUAACAGGAUCUCACAGGCACAUGCUCUGGCAUCACCCAGAGCGUGAACUCCAAGAGGCUGGCCCCUGCGUUAGUGCUGACAGUUCACGCCAGGAAACUGCUGGCUCUAUGUUUUGUCUGGCUCUUUUGCCAAAGCAUAGCCACACCCUUUGCCCGGACUUGAGUUAGAAAAGUAGUUCUUUCUACUCAUGUCCCAAAGUGAAUGGAGUCCUAUGUCCUUUUCUCACUAGCAAAUGACCCCACCAGUCCUUUCUGUCCUCCUCUACUUUGUGGUGUGAUGUAAUAGAAGUGACUGAGAACUCUGUUUUAUUAUGUUCAGUAGCAUGGCAGAAGUUGACACCUCAUGAUAGACAUCCAGAGGACUUUUAUGUAUAUGAGGUUUAAAGGGGAACUGGGACUCUCAUAAACUCUACAGUAGUAUUUGAAUCAGG